UUGAGCGGAGGGCCUAUUCGGAAUGAUCGUCUGACGAAAAUCCCGUGGAAUCACAUCCAUCAGAUCUCCAAUCACGACAACCAGUGUAGAAGCACACAAACAGUCAAAUUCCUUGGCUCCCAUGACACUAUGAAACGUGGGAACGAGGUUCAGGAGGGUCCAUUUCAACAGCGUCGAGCUACCCCUGGUCCAGAGUCUGCCUUUACCCAGAGGGUGCUUGCACCGGCCCCCGUGGCGGGGUUCGAACAGGCUCAGGAAGGCAACAUGGCCAGCAGUCUGCAGUUCCAUUCCAUGCAGUAUCCAGUACCAAAUGUAGGACAGGCUCCAGGUCACCAUGGUGGGGUACAUCAUCCCCACCCUCAUCCAGCUAACCCACAGCAGGUUGCUACUGUGGCUCAUCAGCAGCAGGUUGUACAUCAAACACAUGCACAGGCACAGGCACAAGUUUCUCAGGUACAAGGUCACCAACAGCAGCAGCAGCAGCAGCAGCAGCAACAACAACAACAACAACAACAACAACAACAACAGCAGCAGCAACAACAACAACAGCAGCAACAGCAGUAUCAACGCCUGAAGGUGGAGGAUGCCCUCUCCUAUUUAGACCAAGUGAAACUGCAGUUUGGUAGUCAACCUCAGGUGUACAAUGAUUUCUUGGAUAUCAUGAAGGAAUUCAAGUCACAAAGUAUCGACACGCCCGGAGUGAUCAAUCGUGUUUCAAACCUUUUCAAGGGCCAUCCUGACCUCAUUGUUGGGUUCAACACUUUCCUCCCUCCGGGGUACAAGAUUGAAGUCCAGGCUAGCGAUCCAACCAGGAUUAAUGUUAGCACCCCUACUGGGCAUAUCACCCAGCAUACCACAGGGGGCCCGCUUACCGGCCCUGGAAUGACCCAUCAACCCCAGCCCACACCAACGACUCAACAUCAGCAGCAACAGCAGCAGCAUCAGAACAAGCCGAUGACACCACAGAAGCAGCAACAGCAACAGAUACAUACCCAGCCACAGUAUCAUGCCCAGCAUACACCAAAGGCUGGUCAUCAUUCAGUGUCAUCAAGCCAUCACCAUGCCAGCCAGGCAGCCACUGGGGGCCACACUUACUCCCAACCUCCUCCAUCUAAUCAGGGUCACCCUCCACCUACAGCAGUCGUUGCCUCCCCUCAGCAUGGCCAUGCAGGUAAUCAACAGCAGCAACAGCAGCAGCAGCAACAGCAACAAGUGCAGCAGCCAUCACAGCAGCAACAGCAGCAACCUAGUCAGCCUGUGGAGUUCAAUCAUGCAAUCAACUACGUCAACAAAAUCAAGAAUCGUUUCCAAGGCCAGCCUGAGAUUUAUAAAGCCUUUCUUGAGAUUCUCCACACCUACCAGAAGGAGCAACGUGCCGUUAAGGAGUCCGGCGGGACCUAUGUCCCAACCCUCUCUGAAGCUCAAGUCUUUGAGCAGGUAGCCAAGCUCUUUAAGAAUCAAGAAGACUUGCUCCAGGAGUUUGGUCAGUUUCUGCCAGAUGCAAAUGGCUCCGGGAUUUCAGGACCUGCCAAUUUCUCCUUCCAAGACAUGAUGAAUCGUGUUGCGGUGCGUAACGAUCAUACAGGGAUCGCCAAGAAGCCAGGUUCCACAUCUAAUAAUAAGAAUCGCAACAGUGGUUCGGGAAGCGCAGGCCAUGUGAAGAGACCUGGAACUAAUGCCGCCCAGAUCCCAUCCAAGAAAGCAAAGAGUGGCGCAGUGAAGGAUGUGUCCCUUGCAGAAGCAGGGAAGCACGGAAGUCUCAGUGAAUUUGCCUUCUUUGACAAGGUUCGUAAAGCCUUGCGAAGCCAGGAGGUGUACGAGAACUUCUUAAGAUGUUUGGUGUUGUACAAUCAAGAGAUUGUCUCUAGAGCUGAGCUGGUUCAGCUGGUUACACCUUUCCUCGGAAAAUUUCCUGAGCUGCUAAAAUGGUUCAAGGAGUUUCUUGGAUAUAAGGAGUCUGAUCGGAUUGAUGCCCACCAUGCUCCAAAGGAACGGAACCAAGGAGAAUUAGCCAUGGAAAUAGAUUUUGCCAACUGUAAGCGAUGCGGAGCUAGCUAUAGAGCUCUUCCCAAGAGCUAUCAGCAGCCGAGGUGUAGCGGACGUACAGCUCUCUGUAAUGAGGUUAUUAAUGAUACCUGGGUAUCGUUCCCAUCAUGGUCUGAGGAUUCUACGUUUGUUGCAUCCAGGAAGACUCAGUAUGAGGAGCACAUCUAUCGCUGCGAGGAUGAACGAUAUGAGCUGGACAUUGUGAUCGAAGUGAAUGCUCACACAAUACGUGUCUUGGAACACGUUGCCAAGAAGCUCUCACGGAUGUCGCCAGAGGAGUCUUCCAAGUUCCGAUUGGACAACAGCCUUGGAGGCAGCUCGGAGACUAUUCACCGUAAGGCCAUUCAUAGAAUAUAUGGAGACAAGGCACCAGACAUCAUUGAAGGGCUAAAGAAGAACCCGGCUGUUGCAGUACCCCUGGUUCUAAGAAGGUUAAAAGCAAAAGAGGAUGAGUGGCGGGAGGCACAGCGCAACUUCAAUAAGAUCUGGCGAGAACAGAAUGAGAAGUACUACCUCAAAUCUCUGGACCACCAGGGCAUAAACUUCAAGCAGAACGACACCAAGGCUCUACGCUCUAAGAGUUUGCUCAAUGAGAUAGAGGCUAUAUUCGAUGAGAGGCAGGAAGCAAUGGGUGAUAAUAAUUCCCCUCAUCUGACAUUUUCGUACAUGGACAAACACAUCAUUGACGACUCUGCAGCUUUAGUUAUUCAUCACAUGAAGAGGCAUACAGGUAUCCACAAGGAGGAGAAGCAGAAGAUUAAACAGCUUCUGCAUCAUUUCCUUCCUGACUACAUGUUCUUGGAACGAGGGGAGCUGUCCGAUGAUGAGGACGACCAAGAAGAAGAAACCGUUGAGGCAGCCAUCGCUUUGGCGGGUAUGGACACCACGCCCGCAGAAAAUAUGACAUCACAGAAAGAGUCAAAGAAACCUUCUCUGAUGAUGACAAAUGGUCCAUGUGAGAACAUGACCUGGGACUCGGAUGAUGUCUACCAUUUGUUUUUCGUCAACAACAAUUGGUACCUGUUUAUGAGGCUACACUUCAUCUUGUGUGAGAGACUACAGAAGAUGUAUCAGAGGGCGGAGGUCAUAGCCAAGACGGAGGGAGGUCCAAAUCGACGUGCCGCUAAAGAGUCUACUGCAGUGGCCCUUGGCCUCAAACAACCAUUGGAGAUCGAGCCGGAGGAGUACUACCCAGCGUUUCUUGACAUGGUACGCAAUCUUCUAGAUGGUAACAUGGAGAGUAACGCAUUUGAAGAUCAACUACGGGAAAUGUACGGUAUCCACGCAUACAUCGCUUUCACCAUGGACAAGGUCGUGCAGAAUAUAGUGCGACAGCUGCAACAUAUUGUUUCUGAGGAUACCUGCAUCAGUGUGAUGGAGCAGUACAUCUCAGAGAUGAAGUUUGGUGGAGCGGGAGGUACGCAUUCAUCAGCUUCUGCGCGUGUCAGCGCCGAGGCUGCCUACCAGCGGCGGGCAGAGCAACUUCUUAACGAGGAGAACUGCUUCAAAGUCACCUACAAUAAAAGUGACAAGAAGCUGUCUAUUGAGCUCCUGGACACUGAAGAGGACCAUAGCGAUGAUCCAGUAGAAGUAGAGAAAUGGUCCGACUAUGUAGACAAGUUUGUCAAAGGAGAAGAUACGUCAGCUGAGCUUAGGGACCAACUUGCCAAGAAACCAGUGUUCCUCACUAGAAAUAUCAGAAGGACACGUCAGCAAAGAACGGUGAGUGAUGAGGACUCGACAUCCGGUGGAGAUGAAAGCCAGGAAAAAACAGAGGAUUCCUCAACAAAACCAGAAGUAAAGCCCGAGCAAAAAACAGAAAGCGAUGAGACUGCCACUAAGCCUGAAGAAAAUACAGAGGGGAUCAAAAUGGAGACAAAGGAAGAGUCGGACCAGAAGGAGGGAGAACCUGUAAAGGAGAAAUCCGAAGGGCCCAAGGAGAAGACGGAGAAAGUAGUGGAUAAGAAAGAAGUGGAUCCACUGGAAGGUGUGGAUAUCGUCAACAACAUGGAGUGCAAGUUCAACCUCAACUCUUACAAGAUGGUGUACGUGGUCAACUCGGAAGAUUAUAUGUAUAGGAGGACUGCUCUUAAGAAAGCUAAAGAGUCACACUGGCGUGUCACCGAACGCCUGGCAGCCCGCUUCAACAAAUUUCUGGAUGCGUGGAAGGAUGAACACAUCACGAGGCGGCAGGAAGCAGACGUAGAGAAUUGGUUUAUGGGUAAAAUGGACGACCUUAUGCCGUGUGAGACGGCCAGCAGAAACGUCAAGUCGGCCAAUGGUAUCCGUCGGAAGUUUACUGUGGAUUACUUUGAAGUUGAGCCAGAAAAGGUACCAACGACGUCUUGAGACAAUAAGCAUUUCAAAUCCACCCCCAUCCAACCCCCACCCAACAAACUCCCGAGUUUGUCUUGAAAAGAAAACUGUUUGCCAAACGGGGCCAACCUCACUAUUGGCACCUGUGUUGAUUAAGCAAUAUUUUUGCUUCGCAAAAUUUGAUACCGGCCAAAAUCCCAUGUAGUGAGUUUCAUUUGUGGCUGGCUCCCUACUAUGUUUUGCUUAGUGAGUUAUUGUUGAGCUGUAAGUGCAAAGUUCUACAUUAAGCAGUGCAAUGAAGUUGGACACAGGCUUGAAAUGUGGUCCUAAACAAUUGGGAAAUGGCUUUGGAGAACAAUCAGAACACCCUACGCCUUUUUGAAGCCAUAGCUUGUGCUUGAGUUCCAGCUUGGCUGGGAUCCAAACUCUGCUUACCUCGGAAUUCUGUGUUACUGAGCCUCGUAAAGCACAUUGUUCUACUGGCUGUAAGGCAAAAAAUUAAGUGGUUAGCGGAGCCAUGAAAUUGGGCCCUAUCUGAAGAUGAGUAAUUACAGCGCACAUUUUCCAAAUAACUGAGGGAGCCCAAGCCCCACUCCAAGCAAUAAAAAUAUUGCAUUGAAAUGAUAAUUUUGAAAGACGCGUUACGCAUUUUUAGCAGUGGACUUGGAAGUUUCUCAAUGCUUUUGUCUCAGUCUGUGAAUAUUUUGUAAACAAAUAAAACAAAAUGGUUUAUUCCUUGUAAAUAGAUUUGAAAAACACAUUGUACAGUUCAUCCUUCUCUUGUUUUUUGAUGUGAUUUUGAUUGUUAUUAUUGCAAAUAUGAUGGUAUUCUAUAUGUAGCCAUAAAUGUAACCGCUUUUUUAAAGACUUGUUUUUACAUCUAUUGAGUAAGACACAUCAAGACUUUGAGGUCUCGGUGAUUACUGGCGAACCCGUUAUUUCUUGGACGAAACUCCAAAAGGAACGGUAAAUACUUGAUGAAUUGUAAAUUGAUUGGUUUAAAAAAAUGAUGAGUUGACAGUUGGAAUCUGACUUUGCAAGAGAUGUUUUCUUGGCAUUGGUGCCGUUGUGCGGAGUGUAUUUUUGGAAACUGGUCACUUCUGAUGACAUAGUGUUGUGUAUUAUUUUAUUUUUUCUCUGUCGCUAUGUUGCUGUUUCCGAAUGUCUGAUUUUGAAGAGUAUUUGUAAAAAAAUAAAAGGUUGAAAGUUUGUAUCAAUCCAACUUUAUUUUCACAGUAGAUUAAUAAUUGGAAUAAAUAUAGAUUAGUCACCAUGGAAACAUGGUAUAUUAGACACUUCAAAAGUUGUCUCAUCGUGUUGGAUUUGAUUUUGCCAAAUAUCAGUUGAAUAUGUUGGACAUUAGUGUGAGAUAAGUCAUGAAUUUGGGGGCAUUAUUUUAAAAACAUGAUUGCAUUUUCUUCUUUUUUGUGGUUAUUAGGUUUUGCUCAAAUCAAGAUGGGCACUGUGGGUGGGGUGGAUUUAUGGAGAGAGUGGGGCGAUGGGUUAGUGCAAAGAAACCUUGAGGCUUCCGGUAAAUACAAGUCCAAACUUUGAGACUAUCGUUUGAUAAUGUAGCUUUGAUAAACCUUGAUCAUGGUUCGGCCAUCUUGUUUGUAUCCUACCAUUCAAUUAAACAAAUCCAAGGAGGUGUGUACGAAAGGACGGCUUCAGCAGCCAUAUAGCAUGGGCCCUGUUUCAUUGAGUUGCUUAAGCAGUAAAUAUUGCUUAACAGUUGUCUGCUAAGCAGAUAUUAUGAGCGAAGCACCAGUCACAAUUUGUACAUGUGACAUGGUAGGUUGGCUGGUAUUCUUAACCUGGAAAGCAUAAAUUUUGUUGUGCUAAGCUAUUUUUGUGCUUAAAGGAACACGUUGCCUUGGAUCGGUCAAGUUGGUAUUCAA